AUGGUGGUCCUGAUGCGGUUUGUCACAGGGCUCCUGGUCAUUGUGGCUUCCUGUCCACCACUCAGUGCAACAGACAGUUGUCAUGAGCAGAUUGCUCGACUGCGGGAACAAGAAACGCUUCUGAAGAGCCAGCUUCAGACAGAACUCCUCCUGCACAGAUUACGACUGCUGAACCAGCCUGACAAAGAACAAGCCACAGUUGACCAGGAUCCAGACACCCAGCACACAGAUUGUGCCCAGGUUUUCAGUUCUGGCUCCAAAUCCAGUGGUUUGUACAGAAUCAAACCCAACAGCAGCCCUUCUCCAUUCAGCGUCUACUGUGACAUGAGUGAAGGAGGAGGAUGGACCGUGACACGGAGGAUAAAUGGAACAGAGAGAUUUAACAGGUCGUGGGCAGAGUACAAGGCUGGUUUUGGCGAUAUGGAUGCUGAAUCAGGAGAAUUUUGGCUUGGGAAUGCCAACCUGUAUUACAUUACUACACAAGGAAAUUAUUCUCUAAGGAUUAAUCUGGAAGACUUUGAUGGGAACCAGCGUUACGCAGAGUACAAGGACUUCAGAGUGGCUGAUGAAAAGGAUCACUUCCAGCUUACGUUUGGAGCCUACGUAGGUACAGCAGGAGACGCUCUGUCGGGGGGGUUUCAGGUUGGUGUGUCAGCCUGGGCCAGUCAUCAGGGCAUGAAGUUCAGUACCUUCGACCAGGACAACGACAACUACAGAGGGAACUGUGCACUGGAAGACAAAGGCGGCUGGUGGUUCAACAAGUGUCACACAGCCCAUCUUAAUGGCCUGUACUACCCCAGAGGCCACUACAGCGCACUGACAGAUGACGGUGUUGUUUGGUACACCUGGAGAGGAUGGUGGUACUCCCUGAAGACCAGCAUCAUGAAGCUGCGGCCUGCUGAUUUUAAAAUGGAUCCUAUUGAUGACCGCAAUGCUCUUAACCUCAGACCACAUUCCUAACUCCAGAAUGAUGGACCAGACAUGAGCAAAUGUUACAUUUUCUUGGCUUGACUACUUUGGUCAGAAGUGUAGUAGAUAUCAGCUAAAACCUGUUCAUUUUUUUUUUUUUACUUUAUAUGCACAGGUACUAAUGCCACAUUUUGUAAACAAUUCUGCAUUACUUUCCUCUUCAGACUAGAAUAAAAUAUUAAUCAAAAUGAUCAUGAUCAUGUUCACAUGAUAGCAUAUACUUUCCAUGCUGUCAUAAGAACAGGAAUAAACUGAACAAUCCUUAAAUGUUGCAUUUGGCUAAGAAGUAUUA